GGUUUGACCUCCGGGUCGGUUUUCAAAACAUUGCUUUGAAGACAUGUUCAAAGAUGAAGGAUGGGAAAGGCUGACACUUGAUGGCAUCCAUUUCAAUAAAAUCUCCCAAGCUGAAUCAUGCAUGCUCUCUGCUAAAUUUACUGAAGAGGAAAUCUACAAAGCUGUCUGGGAUUGUGAUAACUCCAAAGCUCGAGGUCCGGAUGGAUUUAAUUUCAAAUUCUUCAAAGAGAUGUGGGAGGUAAUCAAGCAGGACAUCAUUGGGUUUGCUGAUGAAUUCUACACAAAUGGGAAGCUAGUAAAAGGGUCUAAUGCUUCAUUUGUUGUCUUGAUUCCAAAGACAUCCAACCCCCAAAAAAUUGAAGAUUUUAGGCCCAUUUCUCUUAUAGGCUCCAUGUACAAAAUCAUUGCAAAGUUACUAGCUAAUAGGAUAAGGCUGGUAAUGGGUAGCGUGAUUGGGGUUCAACAAACUGCCUUUGUCAAGGACAGACUAUUGGUUGAUGGGGUCCUGGUUGCCAAUGAAGUGAUUGAUGAAGCCAAAAGAAGGAGGAAAAGUAGUUUUAUACUCAAACUUGACUUUGAAAAAGCAUUUGACAAGGUCAGCUGGAGCUACCUCAACUACAUGCUUAAAAGAAUGGGGUUUGGUGACAAGUGGGCAAAUUGGAUCAUGGAAUGUCUAUCCACCAGUACAGUCUCCUUUCUUAUUAAUGGUUCUGCCACGCGACAAAUUUCAGUUAGCAGGGGUCUUCGCCAAGGUGAUCCUUUAUCUCCAUUUCUAUUUCUCAUAGCAGCUGAAGGGUUGAAUGGACUCAUCAGUACAGCUGUUAGCCGAGAGAUGCUAAAGGGAAUCGAAGUCGGGACACAAGGAUUCAAGGUUACUCACCUACAAUUUGUAGACGACACAUUGAUUUGCGGGAAGGCUACCGAAGAUAACCUUUGGGCAGUAAAGUGCAUUUUAAGGACCUUUGAAAUUGUCUCUGGAUUGAAGAUCAACUACAGAAAAAGCCAGCUUAUGGGGAUUCAUGCAGACACUAAUUGGCUAAAGAAGAUGGGAUUCCUUCUUAAUUGCCAACUGGGAUCUAUGCCUUUCAAAUACCUAGGAAUAAAGGAGGGAGGUAAUCCAAGACGACUGGGCUUUUGGAAAGAUUUGAUCGAAAACUUCAAAAAGAAACUCAGUGCCUGGAAAAAUUGAUUCUUGUCCUUUGGCGGGAAAAUUACCCUUCUCAACUCUGUGCUAUCCAAUCUUCCGGUCUUCCUCAUGUCGUUUUAUCUGCUUCCUAAAGGUAUUACUCAUACUCUUGAUAAACUUAAACGUAAUUU